AUGUACUGCCGGGGCGAGAACGAGCCGUGCAUGCAGGAGGAAUGGAUGUGUGCACAGAAUCAUAACACCUAUGCUGUGUGUGACGACCUUUGGUCCUGCAACAUCACCUAUGGCUCGGGCUACUGCUGCGUGGAUCCCCACAGCAACCCUGACAUGUUCUGCGGGCCAGGUUGCCAAUACUCGGACCAGGUUCGCUGCACCGAAACCAACGAGUGCGUGCAGGCAUGCGACGGCAUGUCCGAGUGCCCACUAAUGAAGCACCCUGUAACGAAUCAGACCCUGCCUUAUGGCGAGGACGAGAAUCCUGAGGUAUGCAAGACGGAUAAGAACAGGUAUUUCAAGUGCCUGCGGCAGCAGAAAGUGAUUGUUCCGGGAUUUGAAGAGGAGGGGGGCGUGUGGGUCGAUGUUUACAUUGAUUCUGCACAGCGGUGCGAUGGCAAGAACGACUGCCCGAUACCCGCCAGUGCAGCCGAUGUUGCAGCUCAAGGGAUGCAUGAUGACGGCUCAGAUGCUGCUUCGGUAGGGGUGGCUACAAGUGGCGGUUCACCCGUCAAUACUAGCUCAUCCACCACUUUUGGCUCGGCCACCACUGCCGGUUCACCUGCCCUGCUGCCUUACACAGCAGAUGAGGACCCUUCCUUCUGCCGCUCAUUUGACUGUGGUUCACGAUGGCCUUGGUCCAAGCAGUGCCCUUCUACCGGCAGGUGCCUGCCAUUGGAACAGUGGUGCGACGGAGUCAACGACUGUAUUGAUUACAGCAACUACAGUAAUACAAGUGGCAGUGCUGCUAACGGAGCUGCUUAUACCGAUGACGAGGAUCCAGAGGUGUGCCGAACGUUUCGGUGCCAGUGGGAUUACGAGAAGUGCCCCAAUGGCGUUCAGUGCGUGCAUAAGUCCCGUAUCUGCAACGGUGUUAUCGACUGCCACGUCAGCACGGAUCCCGCGUCAACAAACGUCUCUGCCACGAGCAUGAGUGAAGAUCUGGUGAAGAGCCAGUGCACAGCUUUGAAUGAAUGGGCGAAGAUACAGAAAGACGCUGCUGCUGCUGCUGAUUCCGCUGCUGCAGCAGCAAAGAAAGCUGGAAAUUUGACUGCAGCAGCUGCCAAUAAUGGUACUGCAAGUGGUAACUCCACCUCAGAAGAUGGUAAACCUGUUACGCCACCGACCAGCACGUCAGCCUCACGCCCAGGCUCAUCUCGUAGGAGCCGGAAAGGGUCGGAGAAUAGAAAAGAUGCUGGUGGGGCUGAUAGUGGUAACAAGUCAGAGCAGGGAGGGGGGAAGGGAGCUGAGAAGGGAGGGGAGAAUGGGGGGGGGAAGGGAGAGGAGAAGGGAGGGGAGAAGGGAGGGGAGAUGGGAGGGGAGAAGGGAGGGGAGAUGGGAGGGGAGAAUACAGGGGGAAGUGCCAGUGGAGAGAAGCAAGGGGGGGAAGCGAGUGGGGUUAAGAGGGAGACAGAGAAAGAGAAGAAGGCGAGAGAGUGGGAGGAGCGAAAGCAGCUUGCAAAGAGCAAAGAGAAGGCGAAAGAGGAAGCUGCAGCCCAGAAAAGGCGGGAGGAAGAGGAGAGGAAGGCGAGGGAGGUAGAGGAGAAGGCGAAAAGAGAAGAAGCUGAGAAGACGAGGAGAGAGGCAGAGAAGGCCCUUUACAUCUUGUAA